AUGGUGGCAGGAAAUGGAGGUUCGUGCAUUGGCCGUUGUGGGGCACAGAUGAACCACAAUUACAACUGCCAGUGCAAUGAUGCAUGUGUGGGACAUGGAGACUGCUGCCAGGACUAUAACAUGUGUAAUUCAAAGAUGUCCUGCAAGGGAAGAUGCAACGAGGCUUACAACCACAGAAAUCCCUGUCACUGUAAUGCCAAGUGUGACGACUACCACAAUUGCUGCCGGGAUUAUCAUUCUCAAUGCAAGGUUAGCAAUCCUGGGAUUGGUUUCACCGAUCAGGAAAUUCAACAAAUUUCUGAGGAGAUCUACUCACUGGACAUCAACAAGGCCACAGAGAAUGACAUUCGCUUGAACCUUCAAGACCAUGUUUCUAACUCCCAGACUGGAGCCAAGAUAGAUCAUGCUCCAAUGAGGCUCUAUACGUAUGUGAAUGAAGAUGCCCUGUUCUCAAAGCCAACCUUUGCUAAAUUCAUUGCACUCUUAGACAACUACCACCGAAUGACAGGCACCCCUGAGAAGUUCACACCAGAGCAGCUGGGAGAAGAAGAUGCAUUUAUUAAAGAGAUUAUGAAGACCCCCAUCAUGAAUAAGUUGUACAGCGUCCUCCACUCAAAGAAAUUGUACAAUUACGUAACGGAUUUUGAAGAAGACCUGAAGAAGAUGUGGUUUGGCCUGUACUCCAGAGCUGAAAACAUCCUAGAUUCCAGUGGUUUUGAGCAUGUCUUUUCAGGUGAGGUGAAGCGAGGGAAAGUGUCUGGAUUCCACAACUGGGUGCGGUUUUACCUAGCAGAAAAAAACAACGAGCUGAAUUAUUACAGUUACAAUUACGAUGGACCGUGGACCAACUAUCCUGAGAUUCUGGCAAUGCAGUUUAACUGGGAUGGAUACUACAAACAAGUGGGCUCGGAGUUCAUUGGUUCCAGUCCCGAGUUUGACUUUGCCAUUUAUACUCUUUGCUUCAUUGCAAAGCCUGAUAAAUUAUGCACAGUGAGCCUUGGUGGGAAGACCAUGAAAAUUCAGACCUACACCUGGACCAAGUCCACGUAUGGAAAUGGCAAGAAGUAUGUAGCGUCGACAUUCCCACUGACACCUUGA